AUGAAGGGCGACCCUAGGUACAACCCCCGUGGGUUGCUUGAGCCCGCUGCACGUGGCUCUAAAGAGCUACAACGAUUGUUCUUCUUCGGCCCUGCCAAGCAUGAUCAGAUGCCCGCCCUCAAGUCUCAUUACAGAUGGGGCGCUGAGCUUACUAUCCCAAGUCAUGAAGAGAACGCUGGUGGAUUCGGUGGCUUCAAGGCGAGUUACUACCACGGCGAUGCAGCCAUGAAAACCGAGUCGGAAGAGGGCUGGGAGUGGUAUGAGAAAGAAGGUGGUAAAGAAAGCUUCAAGUAUCACCAGCAGUCCAUUUCCUUGUCUCCACAAAAGGCUCAAGUAUACAUAUCGCCUGCUGCCCUUCAGAUCUGCAGACUGCUCAUGGGCCCAUACAAACGCCAGUCUCUCUAUGAGCUCAGGCUACACGAAAGCCUCAACCUGAACGAUCCAUGGGUACCAGGGAGCCCAUCUGCUGACACACCAGCACCGGCUCAAGAUGUUAAAUCGCUCAGGAAUGGAUGGAUGCUCAACCUAGGCGAAAAGGUGCAGCAUCUCGAAUGGGUCCCAAACAUUGAAGGUCCAAGACAGUUUUUGACUGUCACAACUUCGCCCUUGAUGGGCUCAGACCCGGAAGAACAAAAGUUUGCCGCACCUUAUGCACCAGCCUUCGCUCCACGUCCGCCAUCGAAGUCUUCCAUACAGAUCUGGGAAUUCCGCGCCACUCCUCAAGGACAUAUUGACGCUGCUUUUGCCCCCUUUCUCCAAAAGGUCAUCUGCUCUGAAUGGGGAGACGUCAAGACGUUCAAGUGGUGCCCGAUGCCUCGCAAACUAUCCCCAGAACAGCCAUUAGCACGUAUGAGCCUCGGCAUGCUGGCUGGAAUCUGGGCAGAUGGUGCUUUGAGAGUACUGGACGUCUUUGUCCAGGACAAAGACAAUGAGGAAACCGAGUAUGAGUUGGUCAAAUCUGCUGCAUUUACUGCUCAACCACCGAACACGAUAUGCACAUGCUUGACGUGGCUCAGUUCAACCAGUGUUAUUGCUGGAUGCGCCAACGGAUGUAUCGGUGUCUGGAAUAUUCCUUCUUCGCUUCCAAUCGCAUCGGCGGAAGACCAGCGAAGCUCAAAUGCCGAGCCUGUUCUGUUUACCCCAAUAUCACCCACCUACAUACUCAACGUGACCACCUGUUAUCCGUCACGCCCGAACAUCAUGAUCUCAUCUUCGAUGUCGGGCCAUAUUCAAAUGACUGACCUGAUGGAUACGACUUCCAAAGCAACCAUGACUCCUGCAGCGACAGUAAGAGCUAGUCGCUCCCGUGUUGGAAGAUCCGUCCUCGUGUGGCAUGAGUUCGCUCAGGUCAUCCUCACAGUCGAUGAUAAUUUUACUCUCGUCGCAUUUCCCAUCCGGCGAUUCUUUCGUCAGAUCUCAUUCACACGCUACCUAAGCUCGGUGGCGUGUCUUGCUUAUAGCCCUGUUCACCCAUUCGUAAUGGCCGGAUGCGUUGGUGGUGAGGCUAUUAGCAACAACCCUCUGCGUCGUGCUUAUGAGAACAAGGUUCCUAUCUGGAACCAGACCUGGUUUACGCAUGAAUGGAGACAAAUCGGCACUAGAGAGUCUAUAGUCGCUGGCGCUUCCGAUAGUGAUCAAGUCAUGGGAGGUGUACCGAAUGAGCUUAGAAGCCAGGUGACAAGCACAGAGAGCAGAGCAAAGGGCGAUUCACAAGAAAUCAGUCGGGUGCUGGAAGGGUUCAAGUGCAAGGAGAUCAAACUGUUCAACACCGAAGACGCAUUCACUCAUCGGGAAAACGGAGCGGUAUACUCGACCGUUUACGAUCUAAAGACAUCAAUCAAGUCGAUGGCAUGGAACCCAAAUCUCCAUGUUGGUGGGUGGAUCGCUGCAGGUAUGGCGAAUGGUCUCGUCAGAGUGGAAGAUGUUGCAUCGUGA